UAAUCACCUUUCUUUUUUGGGUCUCUUUAGCCACUUAGAACAAAAGUUGGGCCAUAUACAAUGACGUAAUCCCAUUCGGGCUACGACUCACUGUUAAAUAGCUGGCUGCGCAGAUAUUUGUUUUCAUUAUUCCGAUCUUUCAAACUUAUUUUGGCUGCUCUGCUCAUCCCGCAGAACAUCUUCAGUUGAAAUCCGCCAACGAAACUGACAAGAACUAAGUUCCAGAGUGCUCAGCAUCACUUAAAUUUAAUUAUACUAUUUUGAAAGACAAACGUUGCAAUGAAAUUGUUUUGUCAAAUUUUGUUAGUAGUGGCAAUGGCGGCUUUGGUUUCAUCGGCGGCUCUAGAGAAAGGCGAACGAGAGGAGGCGCUCCACUUCGGCUUCCAGACAGAAAAUGGUCAGCAGAGGAAUGAGGCUAUAACAUACACAGUCAGACCGGAAACGGAUCAAAACCCCAAGGAAGUGACAACCCCAAAGCCUAUAGAGUAUAAAGGUGGAUAUAGCUUCAUCUCGGCCGAUGGCUAUGAAUAUCAGGUCCUCUAUAAGGCCAACAAAAACGGUUUCCAGCCCUAUGUUACGGCCCACAAAAUCAAACCGGAUAAGAGCUAAUAAAACAUCUUUCUUUGUAUUGUGAUAGAUAAUUAAAAAACCGAAUAAUUUAUCAGUGUA